AUGCCACGAGGAAAGGGCAGAGACGGCGGCCCAAGGCUGCGUUUGUCAGCGAGAAAUUCGACUCCUGCUGUCAAAGUCGAUGUAUCAGAUGAAGACAUGCCAGACCCAAUUGUUCAAGACGAAGACGAUCAAGACGACGACCAUGUCGAGCAAGCCGGCGCCGACGAUGAUGAUGGCGAACAGGACGUAGACGACGACCAAGACGGCCGAGACCGCAGCAGUCCGCCAGUUGUCCAGACGAUUCCUCGCAAACGCGGCAGAGGCCGUCCUCCAACCCGUCCCCGCCCAGAUUGGGACACCCCGGAACCUGGCACUGGAAACGCAUCAGAGUCUGGCACCCCACGCAGAAAGAGAGGACGUCCGUCAGGUAUUGGAGGACCGCGCGGUGGUUUCAGAGGCAGACCAAAAGGAGGGCCUUCACAUGCCACACGAGUGCCCAUCGACAAGGAAGGAAACAUGAUGGACGUUGUCGACGACGAGAUCGCGCUCCCAGAGGACCCUCAAGGAGAGACCAAGGUCAACAAAGACGGCCAUUUGCAAGGCGGACGCGACUACCGUGUGCGCGUCUUCACCAUCCUAGGCCGCGGCGACAGGCUUUACAUGUUGUCCACCGAACCCGCUCGCUGUACCGGUUUCCGCGACAGCUACCUCUUCUUUACAAAGCACCUGCAGCUAUACAAGAUCAUCAUCGGCGAGGAGGAAAAGAAAGACUUGAUCUCGCGCGACAUCAUCCCACACUCGUACAAGGGUCGCGCAAUCGGAGUGGUUACUGCCCGCUCUGUUUUCCGCGAGUUCGGUGCGCGUAUCGUCGUCGGAGGCCGCAAGAUCAUUGACGACUACCAAGUCCAGGCUGCCAAGGAGAGAGGUGACAUUGAAGGUGAACUAGCCGACCCUCACGACCGUCUUCCUGCUCCCGGCGAAGCAUACAACAAGAACCAGUAUGUUGCUUGGCACGGAGCCAGUCAGGUCUACCACAACAACGCUCCUAGCGUUCCUCUUCAGCCAGGCAAGCCUGCUCCAGGAAAGAGAAAGACUAACAUCACCACCGGGAACUGGCAGUUUGAGCACGCCAGAGAGGCAAGUCGCUUCAAUUCCAGUCUUACCGCUGCACGUCGCUCCAACCUCAAUGGCGUCUAUGACAUCAACACCAACCUCAUGUUCUACCCCAAGAUCAUGCAGCCGACCCACAUCAAGUGGGAGCCUGCUGUAUCGGGCAGUGAGAACCACUCUACCAAUGGAGAACCUGCCAUCUUCCAACCUCUUCCCGAUAUCAUCGCGAGAAACUAUCUCGUCACCGACACCCACUUUGAAAGUGCACCCAGAGCAAACUUGGGUGUCCCUGGUCCGGAUGGUGAUGCUGAUGACCUUUCAACCAACGGCCUCUCGACAAUCCCACAAGACGUUUUGGAUGAGCUCCCGGAGGAGUGCCGAGCAGCCUUUGAAGAAGCAAAGAGCGCCGAGCUCGCAUGGAAAUCCAAGUGGCACGACGAACACACUGACGGCGCGCGCGGUAAGUUGCGCAUUGGAUUCAAUGGCUUUCCUGUUUGA